UAAGUAGGAGCCAUGUGAUGACAAAUCGGAUGUUCGGGAUUAAACACCGGUCAUUUCUACUCAACGACGACGACGACGUACUCAACGUUGCAAACGAUAAUCUUAGACAUUCUACUCACUCUUACUCUACAACAGCUGACCUAGCUUUCAUCUGCCUUUGCCUCUUCUUCCUCGAAGUCACCCGCUAUUUUUAUCGCCCAUCUCGCUGGUUUCAUCUGCAAUUUGAACCUUGAUGACCUCGAAUAACAGACGAAAUAAACAUGGAAAAGGUGCCAACAAGGACCCAAAUUCCAAUUUUGGUCGUUCACCAGGUCCUAGCCGGGAGCAGAGCGCCACACCUGGCCCAAAUUCCAGUCCACUUCCUGGUGGAAGCGGAGGAAGAGUAGGUGCAGGAUUAGGACCAGGACCAGGAGAGCAAAUUCAUACAGGAUUUAAUGGUACCGUGCCCAAACACAUCUACGAUUUUAGCAAAGCACUUGCUGGAGAGGUCCGAAUACUCUUGGCUGAAGUUGGUCAAUUGAGGGAUGAGCGGAGGCAACUGCAAUACGAAAUUGCAGAGAUAAUGGCUCUGAAAUCGAAGAAUACUGGGUCGCAGGAAGAGUAUAGAGGAAUGCCUGGUGGCAUGUAUGAUCAUCCCGACGCUUUAGCCUACGCCAUGGCCGGACUCACAUUUCCUCCUCAUCCUCAUGAUCCUCUAGCCCUAACACCAGUGGAUCCGCCACCACCUCAAGAACCUCCAGCCCCAGCAUCACCCGCAUGGAGAACAGUGCACAAACGCGCAGAAAGGAAACCUCGGACGAAAAAAGCUACUGGUAUACCUCAGUCCAUUCCAUCUCCAAGUCAGGUCCCCCCGUUGGAGAUACCUAAACCAAAUGUACCAGCAUGGGCACAGUGGAGACCCAAUCCUCUACUCUCACCGACACCACGACAUGGCUCAUUCUCUGGUGGUGGUGGGCCAGGGCCAGCCACGCCGCCGCCUAGAGCUGGUCUUUUCGGUCCGCCAUCGCCACCGCCAAAGUAAUUCUGCAUACCCAAAGCCUUUACCACCAGCGUUCACCAUCCGGCAUUCCCCCAUGUUUCAUGGGCGUUCGCCACACAUUUACCUCUCUAUUCUAUUUCUUGUCUCAUCUUCGGGGGGUUU